AUGGCUCUAACCGCUCUGUGUGGAUUACUGCUAUGGGGGCAUCCCCCAUUGGCCUCUUCAUUGCAUGCCAGUCCACAGUCUCUGCUUCAGUCUUCGUCCCAGACGCCUAGCUCGACGGGCUUGCAAGAAGUCUUCCAGGUCUACCAGCCAAUAUCAUUCAAGCCCAGCGGAGUUAACAGCUGCGAUGUCGAGCUAUUACUUAUGGAUCAUAUUUUCGGGGAAAGUUAUGGAUCGCCUUUCGUAGGCGACUAUGAGCCCCCAGGCUGUGAGUUUGAUAGUGUCCAGAUCAAUCUUACAGUCACCUCCUGGGGGAGGCAGUAUGAUCGACUAGCGUUGAUGUAUCUCGGGGACAAUGAAGUAUUCCGGACUUCCACAGCAGAGCCAACUGCAAAUGGAAUUGUCUGGACUUAUAUCAAAGAAAUGUCACAGUAUAAUUCGCUCUGGCACGCUCCCCAGAAGCUGAUCUUUGACUUGGGCAAUAUCAUUAACGAUGUUUACACCGGUUCGUUCAAUGUGACCUUGACGGCACACUUCUCCUACAGACAAACUGUGAGGAGUGCGGAUAUUAUCCUGCCCAUUUCUGCCAAAAAGGCAGCGUCAAACUCCCCGAGCGCGUUUCAGAUCCCAACGGACAACACCACUGUCAUGCUCGAGAUUCCGGCUGCGGCAUCGCGCGCUGUUGUAUCGAUCUCGGCAUGCGGUCAAUCAGAGGAAGAGUUCUGGUGGUCCAAUGUUCUCAAUGAGGAUACUCAAGACUUUGAAAGCACUGUAGGCGGACUUUAUGGAUAUACUCCGUUCCGGGAAAUUCAACUUUAUAUCGACGGCAUCCUUGCUGGACUAGUCUGGCCAUUCCCUAUCAUCUUCACGGGGGGCGUAACUCCGGGAUAUUGGCGUCCGAUUGUUGGGAUUGACGCAUUUGAUCUCCGGCAGCCAGAGAUUGAUAUUUCUCCAUUUCUUCCCAUGCUUCAAGAUGGUGAACUGCAUUCAUUUGAGAUCCGAGUGACUGGUCUCAAUGUCUCGGUUAAUGGAAUAGCAACCCUGGCGAAUACUGUUGGUUCAUACUGGGUCGUCACGGGAAAUAUCUUCCUCUAUAUUGGGGAGGAUUCUACCUCUGAGGCUGUUACUGUGAAUGAUAGCGAAGUUCCACGAGUGGAGGCUCCUUUACCAACGUUUACCAUCUCUCGGGAACUUGUGCAUAAUUACACUGGAGGGAACGACUCUUUAUCAUACUCCGUGGUGGCCGAGAGAGCUUUUAGAACAGAGUCUUCUCGAUUCUCGUGGUCUCAAACUUUGUCUUUCUCUAAUUACGGCCUACUCAAUCAGCAAGGAUACAGCCAAGUCAACAAACAGCUUACUGCUGGAAAGAACAUUAUCACGGAGCGUGGCGACAUAGUCACAUCGAACAGCACUUCAUUCGAAUACCCCUUAGUUGUGAACGCAACGUACGGCAUUACGACAAACGGACUGACGAUCGACUCUUGGAUGACAAGAGGUCUCAAGUUCGAGACAACAGGAGGGCCCGGUAUUUCCACUUACAGCUUGACCUCAGGGCCAUCGUAUCUUCACACAACCCAAUCUGGCACGGCACGAUAUAAAUCAGUUACUGGGGGGCCUUCAGCAUCAUGGGGUGACACAGUUGAGGAAUAUGAAAGUGAAACAUACGGAAAAACGUACCAACAGUCUGUUCACGCAAUCAACGGGACCGUUCUGUAUAAGACGGAUUCCCAUGACAAGGCCCAGGCAUCUCCACAAGACCAUGAAUCAGGGAGAGGCAGCGUGAGAGCUAUUCUUGGGAAGGGGCCUGGGUCUCCUGCACUCUAA